CUUCCCGCCGCGGCCCAUGAGGAACGUAAGGCAGCCGUGGCCUUGCCCGUCAUCUUGAAGCGCGAGGGAUUGUGGGACGCGCGCGGCGUCCCGGAAGAGGAAGUGCCGGGUCCCGGCUAUGCCACUUGGCGGCGGCCGCGAAGGGGAGGGGCGCGUCCCGGUCCCGUAGGUUCUCCCGCGCCGCCGCCGCGCGGAGGCCUUAGGUCGCCCUUCUACCAGGAGCCGUCCGCGCCGCUCUGCCCGGGGCAGCGGGGUGUAGGGGGAGGUCCCGCUGCCUCAGGUGAGGGACCGGCUGCCAGGCUCCUUGCCCGCCCAGACGGGAUAGCGGCCGCCGCACGCCGGGCCCGCAGGGGCCGCCGCCGGGCGAGACAGACAUGGCUGAAAGCCUCUGCUGGGAGCUCGGUGUCUGUACGGGUUAGGGGCGUGUGGGGCGAGGUGGAAAAGUUGCCGUUGAAUUAAUUUCGCUUUAAGGGACCGGACAGAAAGCGGCGAAAUGGAUGACUUCCGCUCCAUCUGCCUCCUGUCUCUGGCCAUGCUGGUCGCCUGCUAUGUGGCAGGAAUUAUCCCCUUGGCAGUUAAUUUUUCUGAGGAGAGAUUAAAGUUGGUGACUGUUCUGGGUGCUGGGCUGCUGUGUGGAACUGCCUUGGCUGUCAUUGUGCCAGAAGGAGUACAUGCUCUUUAUGAAGACAUUUUGGAGGGGAAGCAUCACCCAGCAAGUGAGAUGCAGCGUGUAAUUGAGUCUGAGAAGGUGGCAGAAAUCCCAGUUGUACAUGAGUAUGGCCAUGACCAUUCCAGGUUGCAUGCCUACAUUGGUGUAUCCCUUGUCCUUGGCUUUGUCUUCAUGCUGUUGGUGGACCAAAUAGGCAGCUCUCAUGUGCACUCUACAGAUGACCCAGAAGCUGCAAGAUCAGGCAACUCCAAAAUCACCACAACACUGGGGCUAGUAGUCCAUGCUGCAGCUGAUGGUGUUGCGUUGGGUGCAGCAGCUUCUACUUCUCAGACUAGUGUCCAGUUGAUAGUGUUUGUUGCAAUUAUGUUGCACAAGGCACCAGCUGCCUUCGGCCUGGUUUCCUUCCUGAUGCACGCUGGGCUGGAACGGAAUCGAAUUAGAAAACACUUGCUGGUCUUUGCAUUAGCAGCACCUGUUAUGUCGAUGGUGACAUACUUGGGGCUAAGCAAGAGCAGCAAAGAAGCCCUUUCAGAAGUCAACGCCACCGGAGUUGCUAUGCUGUUUUCUGCUGGGACUUUUCUGUAUGUUGCCACAGUUCAUGUCCUUCCAGAAGUAGGAGGAAUUGCUCAUAGCCACAAACCUGAAUCAACUGGAGGAAAAGGACUCAGUCGUCUGGAGGUGGCAGCCCUAGUAUUAGGAUGCCUGAUUCCUCUAGUUUUGUCUAUUGGACACCACCAUUAAACACAUGAAUUUCACCGUUCUCCUUGAUCUGACAUGAGCAGUAAAUGUCAGCUGCUCCCUUUAUCAUUGUCUCUUACUUAUCAUCCAUCCCAUCCUCUCCAUGGAGUUCAGAGGGAACCUUGAUUGCAAAAUGAAGAAUACUGAGAAAGUUUUUAGUGUAGCAAAAUGUACUUUGGCAGCCGGACAUAAAUUCUGUGUAACUUUCUUUUCUGAAGACAUUUGCUAUUUUAAUUCUUUCUUCUGGCCCUAUUCUCAGGGAAGAUGGAAUUUGGAGUUUAAGAAAGGUGAGAGGGGAAGACCAUAGUGACUCAUCAUGAAAUUGCAAUCACCAAAGUAUCCUGCAAUUCAGCUUUCACUGCUGAGACUCAAAAAAAAAAAAAAAAAAGGAUGGGUGCCUUGUGAGAGGUUGAAGUCUUACUAAUGAAGAAAGAGGCUCUCCCCCAGUGGUUCCGUGUUGUCCUGGCGAUGCGACUGGUCCUUGCAAUGUUUGUCACUAAUUGUAUUGUAAAAAUGGGCUACCCUUGGAAUUCUAGGCAACGCUGCUAUUGGCACAGAAGCGUCAGUGAUAGUAAAGGAAGGAUGUAGAGGAAGUAUAGUAUUAGAAUAGGAAAUCAGCUGGUUAAGAAAGUGUAAACUAAUUUUGCAGUGUGUUCCAUUAUUUAAGACAAAGAAUGGAAGCAAGGAGAAUAUUAUUUUGAUUGUUUAUGCAAUUGUUAAUAAUUUUUUGAAAUGACAGUGCUUCUUGGAAGAUGAUCUUCUGCCAAGUCAGCAAAGCGUAGGCACCAAAAAUGUGAGCAGGAAUUAGGUAUUUCUUACUGUCAUUACACUACUGCUACUAAUGAGAGAGAGAUCCAGUGUCCUUUACAAUUGAGCUGUUCUGGGCUCUGAGCAGUAGGAAUGUGAUGGAGACAGCUGUUGAGGACCAGAGAACUUUACUAUCUCAUUUCAAAAGUGAACUGCUGAAAUCAGUGAUGGGUGUGGGUUUUUUUGUUGAAUAAAAGGUAUUAAUGUUAACAAAACAGAUGUUUAGUUAAAUAUUUAUACUACAGAUAGACUACAAAGUGUUUCUAAACCGGUUCUGAACAAAAAACCAAACUGAUGGGUUCCCAGUGGACUUGUUAGGCAUUCUGCUAUUUUUCUGGGAAUUGUGCAUUCACCUCUUACUGAUAAGCAUUAGUUUUUGUGAGUCUACUGGAGGGUUUACUGCCAGCUGCUGAUGCCUCUCACUGCAGAAGAGCGAUAAAAGAUCCCUCCCUUUCCAAGGCACAGCCUUCUCUUGUCAGGCACAUUUCUUAUAUGCGAAACAAAUUGUACUCUAAUAACUGUAGUGCAUUGAAAAGUCAGGAAUGUUUGACAUGUGCAAAUUCAACAUAAAAUUCUUUCUUUAGGGGAAAACUUUUUAAUGCCAUAGCCUUUUUAAGCUGUACUCUGUGCUUUUUAAAGAUAACAUUGCCAAAUAUAGUUUUAUUUUGAUUUUUUUUGUUCAACAUGGAUCUUCAAGACUUGAAAUAUUUUAAGUGAAGUGCUUCUUGUUUCCAUUUGAAUGAGUGUGUCUGUUUUUCGUGACAUUUAUUGCUUCUGCUACGCAGGCCAUUGUGCCCCUUAACUUUAUAUUUUUGUCAUUGUCCUGUUUGUCUACUAGUUCAGUAAGUGGUAUGGCCUGGUUCUUGGGCUGGUGAUUGCUUGGUCUGUUAGAUUUGUAACCAUACAGGUGGAUCCGAGGAUUGAACCUUGCAUUGAUUUCCAGGAGUGCUUGUUCAUGCGUGUUUUACUAUAUAAAAUCACUGCAAAAUUAUUAAAAGGCAUCUUUUCCUACAAGACAGUAUUUUCAGAUAGAAUUAGUGUAUUGGGUCUAAACAAUUGUUUUAUAUUAGACCCUCAGAAGUUUGUUCUGAAGCCAUUGCGAAAUCAGUGACAUUGAUGAGAUCUUCUCCUGUGCAUUCUUAAGCUUUUUUUUUUUUUUUUACAAUAUACACAUGCAACAAGUAAGUUGUAAGCUUAGAAAGUUUAGUGAUACAGGUUACCAAUGCAUGUGAAUGCUACAGAGGGAUAUUUGUACCAGAGCUCCAGUGUUCUUCCUGAUUUCCCUUAAUUACCUUCUUCCUUGAUAAUUUUAUUAUUUUACCUUGCUUAAUCUUUCCAUGUAACUGUUUCCCAAAGCUGGAGAGUGUGCAAGAUCUGCAGCAGAAGCAGGAGGUAGCUUAGUGCAGCAUCAGAUGCUUAUGUUUUGGAGAACAGUAAGGUUUUUUGCUUCAAACUGUCGUCUGCCACUUGCAAGUACACCUGUACCUAGUUCAGAUGGCAUCCUGACCGUGUUCCACUUCAACUUCAUUUUGUGUAUAACAAGAGCAGCAGGUUAGAGAGUUAUGUAGGUAAGGUGCCAUUUCACGCUUUUUGUGCCAGUCUUGGAUAUCCAUGUGGAUUGUACCUUCUUACAUGUAUGAGUGUGUAUGGAUGAAGAUGUACCAGCCAACCUUUUCACUGCUGACAACCUCUGGCCUUUGAAUUGUAAGAGGUGCUGCUGCUGAGAGGUCUUGUGGUCUUUUUCUCCUGUCCCUCAGAUCGUGUUUCUAGUUUCAGGGACAGCCACCAGAAAUGGUUGUAAUCAGUUUAAUGGUUCAUGAACUAUAAAGGCCAAGUUAUAGCAGCAAAUGCUUAAAUGGAAACAUUGACAAGAUUAACACAAAAAUUCUGGUAACACAUACUUUUCACUUCAGUGCUCGGUUAAGUGAUACACUUCUGUGAUUUAUUUUUUUUUCCCUAUCCAUUUAGGAGCAGCAACAGCAUUUUCUUUUCGCUGCCUCUGUUAUCUGUGUUGAACUAUUAUUUUCAAUUCUGUAGCUGAAACUACAGUGAAUAAGGAAGCUUUUGAUUGUGUGAUAAAGAGAGGAUAAAAUUUUAUAUGAUCAAACGUUUCCAAAUUGUUAGUUCCACAUGGGAGAUUAUUUUCUUCAGGCAGAGUAUUUUAACGAAUUAAAUAAAAUGGCCCAUUUUAUGAUGUCCUCUUUUUCUACCUAUCUCCCCAUCUGUCACAGUAAAUCCAAGCACUGGAUGUAGUCAGGGCCAUCUGGUAUCAUUUUCUACUCCUCAGGGGACCCUGGUGCAAACAGGUUCCUCGUACUCUCUCUGUAAUAGCCAUCCCUGCCUGUGUUUUCUACUGUGAGGUAGAUGGCAGCAGGUCUAGCAGGUAAUGCUUUAACAAAGUGCCAGGCGUGUCCCCCUUUUUUCCUGUAAAUCCCUCUAGGAAAUCUCUAAUCUUCUCAUCAGCUGUUUUUUCAGUUAAUGAUUUCUUAAUCACUAUAGGAAUCGGACUAAAGCUGAUUGAUCCCAAUGUGUUCAGGUACUGUUCUAAUUCUCUUACUGCUCCUUACAUAAAAAAGGGAAAUAGUUCUUUUUCAGCACUUGAUGACAGCUGCAGAAGCUGCACUGAUAUUAACUUAAGUGAAGAUGGCAUAACUUGCAUGAAGAUAGGAAUUUUUUGGAAGUUGUGGCGUAUCAGAUGGCUGGGUGUUAGCACAGACACCCACUGCUGACUUCAAAGAACCAUUUCCAGGUGGUUUGUGUAAAAGGCUAACGUUAUCCAAGUGACUCAAGAAAAUUACUGUGUUUAGUCAGGAACUGCUUCAGAGCCUUCAAGGAGGUUUUUGCAGUAGCAGAUGUGUCCAUGUGGUAUCAGCCUUAUGAUGCUGUGAAACAACUGUUAACUACGGCUGCCUUCCUGUUCUCUGCUGGGACUUGGGGGAAAAAGAGGAAGGAAGUGUAUUUGUAUUUUUUGGGGGUGGAAGGAGGAGGAGUGGUUGAGGUAUGGUGGGAAAGUUAAUGAUGAAUUUGAGAUUUCUUGUUCGCCUCACUUUGAAAUAAAUCUUUUUUCUUACUUUUAUUACAUCCUUUAGCAGCCUUGGCUUUCCAGGGAAAAAUAUUGCGUGGUCAUUGCUGUUUACCGAACUCCGUGUACGGAACUGUAAUAUUAAUGUCUCUCUUUCCAAACCAUUCGUACACAAAAUCAUUCCAUGAAUGGCUGCCUUAUAAUUUUUCCACUUUAAUUGUGAAUGGUUAAAAUAAUGUUUUCAAUUUGUUUUAUUAUAUUAAAUUUUUACUAGGUGCAGUGCUUUGGAGUUGGCUUGUCGUUUACUGGGUGGGGUUUUGUGAUGGCUCUAACAAAGAGAAAUGACAGUCUUAAAUGGGAUGCAAGCGGUGUAGACAGUACAUUUUAUCUUUGUAUAGAUGUUUGAUGCUUUUUGUGAUGUCAGAGCACCUCCUGGAAACCUGAAGUGUGAAAGUGCAGUCUAGCAAGUUGAAAGAGGCAGUCUAGCAGAUUGAUUUGGACUUCGGAAUGAAUGGGUUUAGAGGUAUAAAUACAGAAAUUAUUUAACAGCUCUGCUUGAAAGGGGUAUUUGACAACUGUCUCUCACGAGCAUUUAGGGGUUGACAUUGCCCUGAAGGUGUAAUAUCUCUUCUCCCAGCCCCAGGAAAAUGUCUGAAGCUUACAAGGCAGAGACUCUUUGAAGAGCCAUAAGGACAAGAUUGGCUCAGGAGUGCUCCAGGCCACUGUUAAAAGGCUGGAGGACAGCUAAGGCUAAAGAAAAAUGAGAGCACAGGAUGGAGUGAGAACAAUCUUGUCAACCCCAAAUCCAACAUUAUAAACACUCCGUUCUUUUUUGGAGACUGUGACAAAAGUAGCCUUUCCCAUACAUACCUGCUUCUGUGUGAUGUGGAUGAAAAUCGACUUUAAAUGUACAUGAAAAUAUGCAAAAAGAAAAGCUAGCCUGCUUUUUGUUCCUGCACUGUGGGGGAAGACUGCUGGUGAAAGCUCUCUUAUCCUUGUUCUGUGACUUGUUCCCCUAAUCCUGCUGUUUUCCAGCACCAAGUCACAGCUCAGCUUUCUUUGACUGCCUUGCAAUCCUACUGCUUACCUGUUAACAGCUCUUCAAUAUUGCUCUGUCUUCAAUACUGACCCAGACUUUCUGGAAGGCAGCUUACCUUCUUUCUGCAGCGUACAAUGAAAUGAAAGCCUGCAUGAAGCCAUGGCUACCUAAGUUUUCUCUCUAAUGCUGGUCGUGACUAGCAUUAGACAGUCAUUGUAACUGACAGCAAGUUGUGUUCUUGCUGUGAAGUAAAACUGAAUUUCUCUGGGAGGGUUUUAUUUGCUUCUGACAUAAUUGUGAAGUGCAAAAAAUAGUUGGAAAACAAAUUGUACUAGUGGUCUCUAAAGCACAUGGGCAGGGGAUUUGACAAUAGAUUUUUCAAAGCUCCUUUUAUCUGAGCAAAAACUUGCAGGACAGCCAGAUUUGUUCCUGUAGGACACUUUAGGCCAUAUUUUUAGGGUUUGCAGGUUUUAAUAAAAGAUUCUCAAAAAAUCCAGUGGGUUGCACAUUGUGUGCUGUGGCUGUAGGGAGGCAAAUUUUUCAUAGAAAUGACUGAACUAUUUUUUUAAGGUGCAACUUGAAAGAGGCCACAGCUAGACACCUCCGUCUAAAAAUGUUACUUUACUAAACUUGGUUGGGACUAGAUUUAACAUUUUAAAAACAUUUAGGGUGCAAAUAAAUGAAUACAUUGCAGGAGUAAAUGCUUUGUAAAAACUACAAGGGUUCUUGUUUCUUGCCAAAGCAUGUUAAGGUUUCUGCUGUGAUGCUUUUGGGAGUUUGUAGAAGGAAGUUAUUACCGCUGCAGCACCCUAUGGCUCCUGCCAGGAUUUAGUGCAAGGAUGAGAAUCGAGGCAGGGAUCCUUGCAAUAACUAAGGAAUAACUAGGAAUUUGACACCCUGUCACGAGG